AUGGAUUCUCCGGCAGUCCAGGAGCACAUGGAAAUCACGGCCCGUAACUCGACGGACUCCCCCCUCUUACGCCUCCCGGGAGAACUCCGCGACAGGAUCUUCCGCCUUGCAAUUGGCGGACACGUCAUCGCCGUUACCAGAGAUGGGCGGGGCAUCCAGCUUCUCGACCCGGUAUCGACAAAGAAAUACCGGCCCGCCACGGCAACCCGGGGUACCAAGUCUUCUCAUCGUGGCAGAGCAAGGUUUCUGCAGGGCGAGCGUAUCCCGGGCGCAGAGCGGGUCUCACGAAUCUUCACUCUUGCGUUCGUCUGCCGCCAGAUUCAUUCCGAGAGCCAGCUGCUUCCGUACAAGCACAACAUCUUCCACUUCGACACGCCCUGGAGCUUCGGCAGCUUUACCAAACGCCUCUCGACGCCGCAACGCCAAGCUAUCUUCUCCGUCUCCGUCGGCGGCGACUACAUCAUCGAGAAGAUACUGUUUCCACGCCGCAGGGCCGGACUGCGCCCACCCACGGUCUAUCCAAUCGUCCCAAACCUGAAGCGUUUCUACUUCUUCUUUCCGCUUACGGAUUACAAUGGUGGCCCAGAUCAGGAGUGGAUGGCUCGGGUAGCGGUACACUUCCUGGGACGUGGCGAGCGUGAGGAGGAAUUGGAGGUCUUUUUCGUCGAUGUGGGCGGCGAGGUGAGGAUCGAGGCCGCGCUUCUAGCGGAGGCGAGGCUGGAGGCACGAACCUGA